AUGCGCAAGUCCAAGGGCGGCGGCGUCGCAGUCGAGGACAGCGCCAACAGCUACUUUACCUAUCGGCCGCUAUCACAUCUUCCCACACCGCCUCCAACGGCGAGGCAGCAGCCUCGCAGCGCCACGGCGAGCUAUCCUAAUGACGAUGGCGAGGUGUUGCCAGCUAUCUAUCGAGGGCCGGCAAUCCACCUCGUCAACCUGAUUCCUUCAUCCGCAUCCCUCGCUUCGACAUCAGUCCAUCUAGUCCAGUCUAUACUGGGCCGAGCUUCUCUGCCCCUCGAAACGAUUGCACUAGCAGUCUGCGUGCUUGACCGUCUCGACUCGAAAUUCGGUCGCAAAUGGCGACUUACAUGCCCUCUACGUCCUGCUAGCAUCAUCGAGCCAGCGUUGCAGCACGCACCCGCAACGAACAAGACGCACGCCAAGCGACACAGCAUGCCCGUCGUCACGCCGCAGCCGAAUCGGCAGUCCUCCCCGCCGCAGCAGCAGCAGCUCCAUAUCGACUCUGUACAGCCCGAAAUCAUCAUCCUCGCCGCACUCGUCAUUGCACACAAGUUCACCGAGGAUUCGGAGCAGACGGCCCAGACGUACUGCAACGCGUGGGGUCGCGGCUUGUGGUCCUCGGAGCAGCUGAAUGCUACGGAGCGCUCCAUCAUGGAGACCCUCAACUACCGCAUCAUGCCCCUCUGCGAUGUCGACUGUCUGGCAGACGCCAUGGUCGAUAUGCAGCUCGCCGGCCAGGACUACUGCGAUUGGGACGCGGCCGAGCCAUCUCCACCACACAGCGACGGCGGCGGUGACAUGUUGUUAUUCGCUGCUGGUGACGACGACGACGACGACGACGACUUGGACAAUGGCCACGACACGAGCAACUUUGUCGCGGGACACUCUCGCUCAAAGACGAUGCUGCUGCCCGCUAGUGGCAUGAGAAGUGCAUCUGUCGGCCUAGAUGCCAGCUGGGCUACAGCUCUUUGA